GGGUGGGGUCGGGCUCAGGGCUAUAGUACGCUUGUGUGCACGUGGGCAAGGGAGAGUACUGCUGUUAAGGGCCCGCAGUGGCCGACGUCUGACUCCGCUGUUUGCAUUUGUUGUUGUUGAUUGUUUACAGAGGCUCCUUCGGCGGCCGUCACCCCGUGCGCAGGGAGAGACGUGACUGGAAGAACACUCCACGGAGUUCCCGACGCCCCCCCCCUUGCCCCCGCGUUCAAAAGAAGCGUUCAAGCUCUCUCACUACUUACUUCUCGGAUCAAGAUGAGCGGCUACACUGUCACCCUCAGUGGCCCUGCGCCCUGGGGCUUCAGACUGCAGGGGGGCAAAGACUUCAACAUGCCCCUGACCAUCUCCAGGAUCUCACCAGGCAGCAAGGCAGCAACAGGCAACCUGGCCCAGGGUGAUGUCAUCGCUUCCAUCGAUGGUGUCAGCACAGAGGGCAUGAGCCACCUGGAGGCCCAGAACAAGAUCAAGCAAGCUACCCACAAACUCGUUCUCACCAUGCAGAGGUCGAGACGUCCCGCCCCUGUUCCAACAGCCACCCCCAGAAUGGACUCACCAAUGCCAGUUAUCCCACACCAGAAGAUCAUCGCCAACACAGCAGGAAAUUCAUCAAAUCAAGAGUAUGUCCCCAGCUUCAACCCCAGCGUGCUGAAGGACUCCGCCCUGUCCACCCACAAGCCCAUUGAGGUGAAAGGGCCCGGUGGCAAGGCCACCAUCAUCCACGCGCAGUACAACACUCCCAUUAGUAUGUACUCACAGGACGCCAUCAUGGACGCUAUCGCUGGCCAGGCGCAGGCCAAGGGCCACGAGGGAGCGAGUGAGGAGCCAGAACCCGGAGCGGCCUUUGCCACUCUCCCUAUGAAAGACCCUCUGGUAGACAGUGCUUCCCCUGUAUACCAGGCCUGUAUUAAGCCAGAGGACAGGGAGUCCGAGAUGUCCGAGUGGGCUCGCCGUGCAGCCAACCUACAGUCCAAGUCCUUCCGCAUCCUUGCCCAUCUUACAGGGACCGAAUACAUGCAAGACCCAGAUGAGGAAGCUCUGAGGAAAUCGAGGGAGAAGUUCGAGUCUGAGGUGAAAGGCCCACGAUUUGCUAAACUGAAGAACUGGCACCAGGGCCUGUCCUCACAGAUCCUCAAUGUCACGGAGUGAGCUGGACCUAUAGACUGGCAGGGGGGCAGAGAAAAGAGGAGGAAGAGAGGAGGUGCAGGAGAGGAGAGGAGAGGAGUUAUCUAACUUACUGUCUGGGUUGUGAGUUCAACUGGUAGACGGUGGCCCAUAUAAGGGGAAUCGGCUCCCUUCGUGUGUGUGCUGUUCAUGCGUCCACUUGUCUCAAUGCUCCGCCUGUAGCCGCAGUUUUCACUUUCACUCGUUUUCACUUUUUUUUCGUAGACUUCUUUGUUUGUGUAUGUUUUGCUUGUUCUGUUUCUCCUGAAAAUGAAAGUUAUUAUUGAUGUACAAAGACAAAGCCAGAAAAGGGAAUGAUGAAAAUGAUACUCUAAACUUGUAACACAAAUUUCUCACUUUCACACACAUGAACACUACCCUUACACUUACCACGCACACACCUUACCAAAUGUACUAUUGUUAAUGUGAAUAAUAUAUAUAUAUAUAUAUACAUAUAAUAAAAUACUUUAUUUAAAACAUA